CGGACGGAUCGAGGGGGUCGGGGGUUGGUGGAUAAAAGGGCUGAGCGGCGGCAGGUGUCAGGGAAGAUGCAGAGGGCUGUGGAGGGCGGUUUGAACGUCUGCCUGAGUCUGUGUGUUCGAGCUUUAACGGUGCUCGACUUCCGCUGCAGUGACAACGGGGCCCCGAUGGCCGUGACAUGUGGGCAGGGAGAAUCAGACGUGGCCUGUAAAGAAGUCGGCCAUCGGGGGCCCGGAGCUGAGGGUUGGACGGCAAGGGAGGGUCCGCCGGCCCGGACAAACGUUAUAGCGUGGCUGGAGGGAAACAUUCAGAGGCUCACUUCACCGAAUAGGAGAAGUACCGAGUCAAGGGGUGGACGGCAAACCAAAGUAUGUCCUAACACUGCAGCGUUUACAUAUCAGCUCUAAUGCAACGCAGCUCACAGAGGAAACAACCUGCGCCCAACAACAUGCACUGAAGCAGAGGAAACGGCGUCGUCAUCCUCAUCCUCGGCGGCAGAAGCAGGGUCAAAAUCUGUGAAAUGUGCAGUGUCUCCACAAAGUCAGUGGCACAUUAACCGAGUUGGUUAACACAUCCAGCAGAGACAAGUCAGCGGAGAGCCGGACGGUCCCGAGCAGAGCAGCGCAGGUCUCGGUCUGAAUGUGAGGUGGAAACAGGAAGACAUGCGAAGGGUUCGAAGAAAAGGGGCGAACAAAGAGAAGGUGUUUGGAUGUGAUCUGCUGGAGCACCUGACCACGACCUCUCAGGAAAUUCCUCCUGUGUUGCGAUACUGCAGUGAGUUUGUGGAGCAAAAUGGGAUCGUGGAUGGAAUCUACAGGUUGUCCGGCGUCUCAUCCAACAUCCAGAAGCUGAGGGGGGAGUUUGAGAGCGAGGGCCCUCCGGAUCUGAACAAGGAUGUGUACCUGCAGGACAUCCACUGCGUCAGCUCUCUGUGCAAGGCGUAUUUCAGAGAGCUGCCCAACCCUCUGCUCACAUACCAGCUGUAUGACAAGUUUGCUGAGGCUGUGGCCAUCCAGUUGGAGGAGGAGAGGCUGGUAAAGAUCGCAGAUGUGCUGAAAGAACUACCAGAACCACAUCACAGGACUCUGGAGUACCUGAUGCGUCAUCUUGUCAGAAUGGCCUCAUACUCCUCAGAGACCAACAUGCACGCCAGGAACCUGGCCAUCGUCUGGGCCCCCAAUCUGCUCAGGUCGAAAGACAUCGAGGCGUCUGGAUUCAACGGCACAGCGGCCUUCAUGGAGGUCAGGGUCCAGUCCAUCGUGGUGGAGUUCAUCCUCACACACGUCCCUCAGCUGUUUCCUGAUGCAGGUGUCCCAAACGAGAGAAGGAAGUCGCUCCCCUCCCCGACAGCCAUGUGCGCCCCGGACGAAGGGUUUUUCAAGUCCCCUCAGGCUAUCGCCAACUUCGGGAACAUCAGCCCAGGGGACGGUCCUCUUCCCAUAAGACCCUACCACGCUAUCAUUGAGGGCAUAGACAAGAGGAAAGGGUCUCUGAAAGGCAGGAAGUGGAUGUCCAUCUUUAACAUCGGAGGACGGUUCCAGGAGACAAAGAGAAGGCACAAACACUCAACUAAAGAGAAGGAAAAGGUUUCUUUGAGACCAGCGAGAAGCAUGGACUCCCUCAGCCAGCCAUAUCCAAAUGAAGUUGGCAGGCGUCACGGCCAGCGUCCCCCAUCCACCAACAUGUCUGCCGUCGUCACCUCCUCCCCUCAGCCCAGCUCGGACGCUGCACCGCCGUCCGGAGGAUUGGGCAGCAGCGAAUACGCCGUGACCUACCGCAGGGGCACAGGCUUAGUGAGCGGGGGAGCAGGGACCCAGGGCACCUACACGGCUCUCGACCCAGAUAAUUUAGGGGUAGCGGGUAAUGAAACUGUCCAGUCCAGAUCCCCGGGACUCACGACCAAAGUGGGCCGAAGGGCGGCCAUGCACAUCACGGGGCCCACCUUGGUUACUGUGCCACUACAUAUCACCUCCAACCUGGCGUUCGGGGUGCUGCAAGGGGGCGGAGCUGACAGGGUCAUCCACCGGGGCAGGGAUAAGGAUGGAGGGGACAAGGUGGAGAGCAAAGAGGGAGGAGAGAAGCCCGCGAGGAGGGAAACCAGAGGAAUGGAAUGGAAGGUGGAAGAAGACAAAAAGCCCGACGAGGAAGAGGAGAAAGGUCACAGGGAGAAGAGCAGGGAAGGGGUCGCGAUGGUGGAGGUGAACACGGAGGCAGCGGGAGGUGUUGGUGAGGAAGAAGGGGGAGGAGCUGGAGAGGAGGGAGAUGAUGAGGAGAGAGGAGGUUGUGGGAGGAAGCAGGAGGAGGUGACGGGAGGUGAGAACGUGUCCACGGAGCAACGAGAAAAAAGCGCCAACGCGGAGAAAGAAAGCGAAGAACACGGCGCAGACGACAACCGAGACGUUGACAGGGGAUACAUGCAUAUGAAAGGGUUGGAGCCUGACGACCCUCAGCCUGCGGAGACUGAGCACACGGACGCCCUCACUUCAGCAGAGGCGGUGGUGGAGGACGAGGAGGACCAGGAGCUGUCUGGCUACGUUCAAGACAACUUUGAAUUCCUGGACCAGAUGGACUGCAGUGCCAUGGACCACAUGGACUGCAGUGUGUCCUAUCAGAUGGACGAGUUCUCCGUUGAGCCUCCCUGUCACUCGUACGAGGAGUACGAACUCAUGGAGCAGCCUCAGUCUUCCCAACUUCCCAUGGACUUCCAGACGCAAUCCCUGCCUUGUUCUGAGACACGCACCAAGAGUCAGAGCGAGUUGAAGCCGCACAGACGGCUCAGCGACGACUCGCAGAACCGACACACUAAAUCCCUCAGCUUGCCUUACAUGACCUCACCUGUCCGCGGGCCGGAGGACCUGUCCUCCGAAGAGGAGGACACGGGGGACGAGUGUGGCGAGCACGAUUACAGCAGCGACGAGGACGAGAGCAUGUUUAUUCAAAGCCUUCCGGCGGAUUUCUUUCUGAGCGGGUUGGAAAUGAACACUGACACGCGAGACAGUUCCACUCCCAAAAGAGCUGCUGCCACGAUUAGCUCCGGCGAAAGAGGAGGCCGAGCUCAGAGCCUCGAAAUGACCGCGUGUGAAGAGACAGGCGAUGGAGAUCGAGUGGAGGCCGAGGACAAAGAAGACAGACUAGAAGAAAAUGAGAAAACAGGGAAUGAAGAGGAACUUCAGCAGCUGGAAAAUGAAAUGGAAAGCAAAGCAACAGAAGAACCCAUGAACGAUGCUCAAAGUGAAAACGCUCUCGCUUCAGACGUAUCCGCUCUCUGCUGUGAGGAGCUUCCACCGCCGGGCAUCGAAGGCAACGAAGAACCAAACACUGCGCAGGAGAUAGAGCUCAAUGAGGAGGAGGAGGAGGAACUGGACGGAAUCCUUCAGAGCGACUGUCCACCUCCUCAUGAGGACAUCCCCUGCGCCACGAAGGAAGAAGCUUCUCCGUUAGAGGACUGCUCUGCAGCGUCGACAGAGCAUCCUGGAAGCUGUGCCGAUGAGGGGACAAUAGAGACGGACGGCGUGGAGGAAGAGGACAGCAAAGCACCCCAGGAGCAAGAGGACUUAAACGAAAUUGAAGAAGAGGAGGACAGAGACAUUUGGGAUGAAUUUGAAGAGAUCAUAUGCGAAAUGAUAGAGGAUGAGGAGCAGUCCGAGAGGGAAGGCGCUGCAGGGCGGGCAGGCGAGAUGAAACACGGAGAAAAGGAUGGAGAGAUUUCCGCGGAGAAGAAAGUUGAUACUGAGACUGAAGCUAGACUAGAGGGAGAGGAGGAAGAGGAGUUCAGACACCCGGAGAUGAAACAUGAGUUUGAGGAAGAUGAGGUGUGCUCACCAAAGAGAGGUGACUUAGAAAAAGCCACUCAACAGAAAAACGCUUUCGGUGACGAAGCCCAACACCGUGACAGAGGAGAAGUGAAACAGCCAGAAAAAGAGAACAACAGAAAGGAGAGCGCUGGGGAGCCGUACAGGACGCCAGGGAGCGCAGAUAAACAACCGCAGAAAGAGAGCAGGGAGCGUGAGAAAGGUGAUACCGGCCCAGGAAGCGUCGAAAGGAAGCUGGUGGUCUCCAAGCAUCCGAAGGUUUACCAAGUGAAAGCGGUGCCGGUCGUGCCGCCGAAGCCGCAGCACUGCAAAAUGACCGCGCUGACCCUCCGCCAGCAGCAGCAGGAGCGAGACAGGAGAGACGCCGCCGACAUGGGGAGAGACAACGCCACGAGGGCCCCGGCGGAGCAGGACAGAGCGGGCGUGGGUGAGCAGGCGAGGGACGGAGACGACGAGGACCACGCGAGGAAGGACAAGCCGACGUUCAGGGGGGGGGAGCUGGACGGGGAGAGGAGGAACAGUCCCCUCAGCAUGUGCUUCGAUGAGGCGGUUGCCAUAGCGACCCUGAGGCGAGAAAAAGAGAGGAUACGAGACGGAGAGGGUGAGGCAGAUGGACUGGGGAAGUGAAGUCCAGGGACGGAGGCCCGUCUGUACAGUUCAUUGAUUUUAAGUCAUUUUUCUGUACAAACUAUUUUUCUACGUGUAGCAUAAAAGGCUAUAUUUUCUUAAAUUGAUUGAAGGGUUCUAUUUUGAAACAGAUUGCAAUAGCAGUAUUCCCAGUGUUUGUGUCUGUGCACAGACUUCAUGCGCUGUUAGGAAACUCAUAGUUUUGUAUUUUUAGGUAUUUUUGGGGAGGAAUGAUCUUUUUUCCCUCUUUAUUAGACAGAGAACUGAAGAGAAGUGACAGGAAAGGGAAAGGAAAGAGGAUCGACAUGCAACAUGGGUGGACUUAUUCUGGGGGAUUUUGAGUUGCAUGAUCUAUAUCUUAAAUCGUCAGCAUGAUGAGAUACCUGGGAAGUUAAUGAAUAAUAAUAACAAAAAACAAAAAAACUGCAAUUAUGCUGCCUGAUGGUAAUUAAAAAAAAACUGAAACUGAUAGUGAACAGUGAGGUGGAAGUGCUGCUCCGACAUCUGGAUGAACUGCCUUUUAAAAUAUGCAUAUUUAAAAUUUCACAGCUUCCAUCCUUGUGGUCUGCAAAAUAAAAUAAGUCAUUUAGGUCAUUUAGGUAAAGUAGCAAGAUUAGCGUUAGAGCUCCACCUCGCUCACUGUUCGCACUAGCCACGUUAUUAUAGAAUAAUUUCUAACUAUACAAGUAUGUAUCUUUUUAAGUGUAAGAGGAAUAAAUAUGUGAAUAAAAAAUAUGUUAUCAA